AUGGAGGAGGUCUACGUCUUCGGCGACCAAACCGCUGACCUGCGGUCGUUCUUCACCAAAGUCUUCUCCCGGAAGGACGAUGUAUUACUACAAAGCUUCCUCGAGAGAACUGGUGAAGCCGUCAGAUCAGAAAACAAAUACCGUACACAUCCUUCGAAGGCAGUUCCUAAUUUCAACACAAUUCAAGAAUUAGUCGAUCGUUAUUUUAGAGGCGAGGGCAAAGACCCCGCAAUCGAGAGUGCUCUGGUUUCCAUUGCACAAUUCACUCAUUUCAUCGGUGCUUUCGAAGAGAGAACACCCGCAUACAUUCAACCUAAUACAGAUGCACGACUCGUCGGUCUAUGCACCGGUCUGAUUGCUGCUACCGCUGUUGCCUCGGCUGAUUCGCUGACUGCCCUUAUUCCCUUGGCCGUCGAAGGUGUCCGGAUUGCGUUCAGGGCGGGUGCACACGUGGGAAGAGUAGCACAACAAAUUGAGGGCGAACAGAAGGCACAGUCGUGGUCAACCAUUGUUGCUUCAGAUGAGAAGUCAGCGCAAGCUGCACUCGAUGCGUUCCACAAACAAAAGGUAACCUCGCCGACCAACAAGCUAUGGAUCAGUGCCUCUUCAGCCACCUCGGUCACCAUCAGUGGUCCGCCUUCCACCAAAGCGAGUGCGUUCGAAGAGUCUGAAUUCUUCCGCACCGCGAAGAACGUUCCAGUCCAAAUCUUCGCUCCUUACCAUGCGUCUCAUCUCCACUCACAAUCGGAUUUGGACAAGAUUCUGCGGCCACAAACAAAAGUCAUCUUCGAAAAUUCUCCAGCAAGAUUUCCCGUCUGCUCCAGCGUGACUGGCAAACCCUUCACUGGCAAGAACGGAUAUGAGCUUUUGCAAGAAGCUCUCCGGGAGAUCGUCAUUGAACCCUUCCGAUGGGAUAAGGUUCUCAAGUACACAGCCUCUGGUAAGGCCGAGGAGGCCAAAGUCUUUGCUGUUGGCCCGACCAAUUUGGCGAGCAGUGUCGUGUCUGCGUUGAAAGCUUCAACCCCCAAAGUUACACUCGAGGAUCAGUCACACUGGACCACCAUCGCACCAGCUGGAACCCAACAUUCUAAACGAGAGGCUGAUAUUGCCAUUGUUGGUUACUCCGGCCGAUUCCCUGAUGCUGCCGAUAACGAGCUUUUCUGGCAGCUGAUGGAGAAGGGCUUGGACGUCCACAGACCCGUUCCUCCGGACAGGUUCCCGGUGGAUUCACACACAGAUCCUACAUCGAAGAAGAAGAACACUUCCCACACGCCAUUUGGCAACUUCAUUGAGAACCCCGGCCUCUUCGAUGCCAGGUUCUUCAACAUGUCCCCUCGAGAGGCUGCGCAGACAGAUCCUAUGCAGCGUCUCAUGUUGACCACGGGCUAUGAAGCCAUGGAAAUGGCGGGUAUCGUCCCUGGUCGAACACCUUCCACCAAACACGACAGGAUUGGAACAUUUUAUGGUCAGACCUCCGAUGAUUGGCGUGAGGUCAACGCCGCGCAGGAUAUUGAUACAUAUUUCAUUUCCGGUGGCGUGCGAGCCUUUGGACCUGGUCGGAUCAACUAUUUCUUCAAGUUCAGCGGCCCCAGUUUCUCAGUGGAUACUGCUUGUUCUUCAAGUUUUGCCGCAAUCAACGUAGCUAUCACUUCUCUGCGUGCAGGAGAAUGUGACACUGCCUUCACUGGCGGUGCAAACGUCCUGACCAACUCCGACAUUUUCUCCGGUCUUAGCAGAGGCCAUUUCCUCUCCCGAACAGGAUCUUGCAAGACUUGGGACAACGAUGCAGAUGGCUACUGCCGUGGUGAUGGUGUUUGCUCUGUCAUCAUGAAGCGUAUGGAAGAUGCUGUCGCCGACCGUGACCCAAUUUUGGGAGUUAUCCGUGGUAUUGGGACCAACCACUCCGCUGAGGCUGUCUCAAUCACUCAUCCCUGCGCGGAGAACCAAUCAUUCUUGUUCGACAAGGUAUUGAAGGAGUGCAACGUUCAUUGCAACGAUGUAAACUAUGUUGAAAUGCACGGCACUGGCACCCAGGCUGGUGAUGGCAUUGAAAUGGAGUCGGUGUCAUCAGUCUUCGCUCCACGCAACCCUCGCAGACGUCCUGACCAACCACUAUAUGUAGGCGCUGUGAAGUCUAACAUUGGUCACGGUGAGGCUGUGUCGGGUGUGUGUGCUCUGAUCAAGAUCAUCCUCAUGCUUCAGAAGAGCAAGAUCCCGCCGCACACUGGUAUCAAGAAGCAGAUCAACAAGAACUUCGCUCCUGAUCUGAAAGAGCGCAAUGUCAACAUUGCAUUCCAAACAACGCCAUUUCCCCGACCAGCAGGUGGCAAGCGUGUUGUGUUCAUCAACAACUUUAGUGCUGCUGGUGGUAACACAGCUAUGCUGUUGCAGGACGGACCCGAGGUUCCCAAGGAGCCUUCCACCGAUCCUCGAUCCACCCAAGUGGUGACUGUCUCUGCCAAAUCUCUCGGAGCGUUCAAGAAGACGAUCCAGAAAUACCAGGACUACCUGAAUAACAACCCGAACGUAGGCCUCACUGAUUUGGCCUACACUCUCACUGCUCGUCGUGCGCAUUACAACUACAGAGCCGCCUUCCCGGUUCAAUCCAUUGCUCAGGUGCAGGCCUCAUUGAAGGCACUCGAGGACCAGACUCACAACCCCAUUCCUCUUGCCACUGCUCAAAUUGCCAUGGCAUUCACCGGCCAGGGCUCGCAGUAUACUGCCAUGGGCAAGAAGCUGUUCGAGACUUCCAAGCAAUUCCGUGGCGAUAUCGAGGAGUUCAAUGAGAUCGCACUUCGCCAGGGACUUCCUUCCAUCUUGCCCUUGAUUGAUGGCUCAGUUGAAGUGCAGCACCUUCCUCCCACCGUUGUUCAGCUCGGUAUGUGCUGUAUCCAAAUUGCUCUCACACGUCUAUGGGCUACCUGGGGUAUCGCUCCCAGUGUGGUCAUUGGUCACUCUUUGGGUGAAUACGCCGCUCUUCAGGCCGCGGGUGUCUUGUCAGUUGCUGACACCAUCUACUUGGUUGGCAAGCGGGCACAACUCCUGGAGCAAAAGUGCACCGCCGGCACCCAUGCUAUGUUGGCCGUUCGCUCUCCAGUCGCUGGAUUGCAGGACGUCAUUGCCAACAGCCAUGGGAAGAUCGAGAUCGCAUGCAUCAAUGGGGUUUCCGAUACUGUUCUUUCUGGAACGAUGGGCGACAUUGAUGUUGUCGCACAGAAGCUGGCCGAUGCUGGUCAGAAGUGCACCAAGCUCAAGUUGCCAUUCGCCUUCCACUCUUCUCAGGUUGAUCCAAUCCUUUCUGAAUUUGAGAAGCUUGCAUCGUCUGUCAAAUUCCACGCACCUAGAGUGCCAGUCAUUUCUCCAUUGUUGAGUGAUGUUGUCAGUGUUGGUGGAGUCUUUGAUGCUUUCUACCUCAGCCGACAUUGCCGCAAGACUGUUGACUUCGUAGGUGGUCUUUCCGCCGGUAUGUCUACCGCCACAAUUAGCGACACUUCGCUGUGGCUUGAAGUAGGUGGCCAUCCUCUCUGCGCAAGCAUGAUCAAGUCUUGCUUGUCAGCACCAACUCUUCCCACCAUGCGCCGUGAUGAAGAUCCAUGGAAGAUCAUUUCCACCUCAAUGGCUGGCCUCUACACCGCUGGAAAGGCAUUGAACUGGGAUGCAUUCCACAAGGAGAACGAGGACAUGCGAGUUUUGAACGAUCUUCCAUUCUAUGCCUACGAUGCCAAGAAUUACUGGCUUCAAUACACCGGAGACUGGCUUUUGUACAAAGGGGACUACCCCAAGGCCAUCGCACCUACUGCCGUCGCUGCCGCUCCAUCCGGUCCGGCUAAGACAAGGAAGUAUCUGUCUACUGCUGUCCAGGGCAUCGUCUCUGAGCAGGUCAAGGGUAACACGAUCUCAAUUGUUGCAGAGUCUGACUUUGCGCACCCUAAGCUCUUCCCGGUCAUUGCUGGCCAUUUAGUUAACGGUAGUGGUCUUUGCCCCUCUACCCUGUACGCUGACAUUGCGUACACGCUGAUCAAUUAUGGUGUGGAAACAUUGAGACCCGGUCAGAAGGUUGCCAUCAACAUCGGCACUAUGGAUAACCCCGCCCCUCUUCUCCUGAAGAAUAUCAAUCAGCCCGAGAGCCAAACGUUCUCCUCCUCCAUCAAGAUUGAUCUUGACGCUGGCAAGGCUGAUUUCCAGGUUACCUCAUUCAAUGGCAAGAAGGACGUCGUCCAUGCCAAGUGUAUCAUCAGAUUCGAAGAUCCUGCCGUCUGGAAGGAGGAGUGGGCCAAGACGGCUUACCUUGUCCAAUCUCGCAUCGAUCUACUUAAGCACAAAGUUGAGAAUGGCGAAGCUGACAAGGUUAGCAACAAGAUGGCAUACAAACUGUUCGGCGCUCUCGUUGACUACUCUGAGAUCUACCGCGGAAUGCAGAGCGUGGUGUUUGAUGGUUCUGAGUUCGAAGCCGCAAGCAGUAUCAAAUUCAAGGCUACUGCCAACGACGGCGAUUUCUACUUCAGCCCCUACCUGAUCGAUAGUGCAUGCCAUCUUUCUGGCUUCACAGUCAAUGCAACCGUCAACCCUCGGGAUGAGUGCUACAUCUCUCAUGGCUGGUCCAGCUUGCGCUUCUUGGAGCCCCUCAAAUACGACAAGCAAUACUACGCCUACGUGAAGAUGCAACCAGUUGCUGGCAGUAAGAUGAGGUCCGGUGACGUGUACGUCUUCGACAACGAAACAAAGGAAGUGGUUGGCGUUGGCGGCGCCAUUCGUUUCCAAUGUAUCCCUCGCAAGUUGAUGGAUGUCAUGAUGCCCAAGCCCAAGGAUGGAGCCGCUCCCGCGAAGGCUCCCGCUGCCUCGGCAGUCGCCGCACCGAGCCCUGUUUCGCGCGCUCCAGUUCAGGUCUCUAUCCCGGUUGCUGCACCUGCUCCCAAAGUGAAGGCGAAGAAGGCCCCUAAAGCCCCCAAGGUCAAGGCUCCUGCAGCCCCUAAACCGGCUUCAGGAGGUAUUGCCGUACGUGCCUUCGAUAUAAUCGCUAAGGAGAUUGAUGUCGAGCAAGCUGAAUUGAACGACGACAUCCAAUGGGCCGAUAUGGGUGUUGACAGUUUGAUGUCUUUGACAAUAUCUGGCAAGUUCCGUGAGGAUCUAGACUUGGAGGUUGAGAGCACACUCUUCACCGAUUACUCCUCAGUCGGUGCUCUUCGCAAGUAUCUCAGUGGUAUCUCAGCACCAGAUGGCGCAGGUGCCGGCGAUGCUAGCUCAGUCGAGUCCACCGAUUCGGGCUCUGAGAGUGACGAAGACACCGCCGAAUCUGGUAUAACCACCCCUGAGGCUGAAGAUUUCCCCGCGAAGCAAUUCGAAGGUAGAUCUGUUGCGGUGGAAGCUGUCGCCCAGGCACCAGGUGGUGAUAUGAUCGAGACCAUCCGCGUCGUCAUUGCUCAGGAAAUGGAAAUGGAGCUCGAGGAGAUCACCGAAACCACUGAUCUCAGCAAUCUGGGCAUGGAUUCGUUGAUGGCACUGACUGUCUUGGGCAAACUUCGUGAGGAGCAUGAGAUCGAUCUUGACCCUACUAUUCUGGCAGAUAACCCAUCGCUUGGUCAUCUCCGCAAGGCUUUGGGUUUGGACAAACCUGCAGCUGCCGCACCUCCCCCAGCAGCACCAAAAGUUUCUGCCAACGCACCAGCUCCGGCACCUCCAGCAGGCAGCCAUACAUUCCAAGUGAACACCCAGAUCACUCCUGCGGCUCCGGUCGUUGAAGUGGUUGUUCAGAUGCCCCCUGCGACUUCAGUCCUGCUUCAGGGAAACCCAAAGACGGCCACAAAGAACUUGUUCCUCUUCCCAGACGGCUCAGGGUCCGCAACAUCAUAUGUUUCCAUCCCAGCAAUUGACAGCAAGAACCUUGCAGUCUAUGGCCUCAACUGUCCUUUCAUGAAGGACCCAACAAGCUACACUUGUGGCAUUGAAGGUGUCUCCAAGUUGUAUAUGGAAGAAGUGAUGCGACGUCAACCUGUGGGACCAUAUAUUCUCGGUGGUUGGUCGGCAGGUGGUGUUGUUGCCUACGAAGUCACCCGACAAUUAAGUGAUCUUGCUAAGCUACAUCCCGACAAGAACUUCACGGUCGAGAAGUUGGUGUUGAUUGACUCGCCUUGCCCUAUCAGACUCGAGCCUCUACCAGCACGUCUACAUCACUUCUUCGACGAGAUCGGCUUGCUGGGAACCGGUACCGGCAAGACGCCCAACUGGCUACUCCCUCAUUUCGAGUACAGCAUCAAAGCCUUGACUGCUUAUAAGCCAGAACAAAAGACCAUGCACGACUUCAAGCCGCCACCAACUCUGCUCAUUUGGGCCACGGACGGUGUUUGCGGCAAGCCAGGUGACCCAAGACCACCACCACAGGCUGAUGAUCCCAAGAGCAUGAAGUGGCUCUUGGAGAACCGAACCGACUUCGGUCCAAACGGAUGGGACAGGCUUUUGAGCCCGGAAGUGUGCAAGAUGGUCACUGUCAUCGGCAACCACUUCACAAUGAUGAAGCCUCCAGUGGUAAGUUUUAUAUCUUUAUGA